AACACAUAACCUAAUUUUCAUAAAAUUCACACAUUCAGUGGUCCAGUGUUGUUUAUUCAGAGAAAUGAAUCGAUUUCGGGGCAGUUUCCCUAUUUUCCGGGACUUUACUUUCUUGAGAAGCUUGUCGAGAUCAUGUAAAACAUCAUCAAAGGCAGUUGCUGUACCUUCCGCUGCAGAACAAAGUGCUGUUGCGGAAUUUGUUGACGAGGAAGAUGAGGAGGAGUCCCGGAGACAAUAUUUUGAGUCCAAGAGGAAUAAGUCACGCCUUCUUCCACAGCACAGGAACAUUGUUCAUGAGAGGAAACCUUAUGGAAUCAGUCAAUCGUGGGUGCAUGAGACUCUGAGGUACAAGAGAAGUCUCUUUGGAAAGUACGGCAUGGAAAGUGGUGUUGAUCCGAGAGUGUGCUUUCCCACGGCUGAAGAAAUCAGUGAAAAAGAAGAAUACAACCGGGUUGCAUAUCCGUACACCAUCAGCGAAAUGAGGGAGCGAAUUGCCACUGAAAAGGCUCAGAAAGCUGAGAAGAUCCGGAAGAGGGAAGAUGAAAUUGCAUUGAAACUUUCGAAGCUCGAGAAGUGGUCCCAGGAUGUCAGGGAUCGAGUUGCAAAGGCAGAAGCCGAGGCUACGGCUGCCAAGGAACGUCGAGAGAGACUCGUGGAGGAAGUAAGGCGUCAUUUUGGCUUUAAACUGGAUGCCAGGGAUGAAAGAUUCAAGGAACUCCUGGCUCAAAAAGAGAAGGAAGACAAGAAGAAACAGAAGGAAGCCCGAAAGAAGGCUAGAGAAGAAAAAGUGAUUGCAAAGUUGCUGGCCAAAGGUGCUGACGGGCAAUCUGUUGAGGAACCAAAUAAGUAGAGAGAAAAAUUAUCUUUGAGAAUAAAUUAGUUUAUUGCAAA